CCCUAGAUUUCACCCUGUUUGUUUACAGGAGAUUAGCUUCAAGGGGGUGGGGAGGUAGGGCUUGUCUGGGGAUAAAAACCAAGCCUCUCUCCAUCCUUUUGAGUAAUCAGCUAAAUAUUCUAGGUAGAAGCAGCACCAGUAGCAGUGGCUUGCUUGAGCCAGCAACUCCGCACUUUCUCAAGGAUGGACUACGCAAAGAAGUCUCUGUGCCUGCUGUCUCCACGGUCCCUCUCCAAGUGCGUCUCCGCUAGUGCUUCCAUGACUCAGCAGCUCUUGACCAGCCCUGCUCCUCGUGCCCGGCCUUACCGAGUGAGCAACUGCGAUCGCACCGUGCGCAAGGGGAUCAUGGCCGAUAGCCUGAGGGAUCUGCAGGAGAAGGUAUGCAGUGCUCUGCUCUUAGCAGGCGACAUCUCUGUGGUCCUGGAUGAAGAUGGCACCAUCGUAGAGACAGAGGAUUUCUUUCAGAUGCUGGAGGAGGGCACAGUCUUGCUGGUGUUGACCAAGGGACAAACAUGGAGGCCAGCCAAGACGGCAGGCUACCAGCUUUCGCUGUCCCACAAACCCAGGCGGAGGAUUGAUGUGGCCUGUGUAACCUUUGAUCUCUACAAGACCAACCCCCAGGACUUCAUUGGCUGUCUGAAUGUCAAGGCCACCCUCUAUGGCACUUACAGCAUGUCUUAUGAUGUACGAUGCUAUGGAGCCAAGAGGAUAAUGAAGGAGGCUUUACGCUGGACCCUCUUCACCAUGCAAGCGACGGGUCAUGUGCUGCUUGGCACUUCCUGUUAUGUGCAGCAGUUGCUGGAUGCCACAGAGGAGCAGAAACAGGAAGAUGCGUCGCCUGCAUGCCUCCUCCAGCCUCCUCUCAUCAGAAGGAUGCUCCAGUGACGGUGGGCAUCUGUCCCGCUGCUGUUUUUAUAGACUCUUUAAGCUGACAACUUUUUGCAUUCCCCCACACGCACAUGUAACCACAUGGACUCGGGUGAUGUGGGACCGUGAACACUCAUAUCCCUGCCUGAGUGCCUGGCAGAAAGUGUUGGGACAUCCAGGCAGUCUCACUGCUGCUGUAUUAUCUCGUUGACUCACGGAUGUAUAUAAUGCUGUAAUGUACUAUUAUUAUUUGCCAAGAGGCCCUGCUUCAACUCCUGCACGUAUGCUGGCUGCUGGGUAGGGCCCAGGUUCUCCUUCACUUACACAUAUUUAUAUAGAGAUGGGAUGUUAAAACUGCAUGCUGCCAAGUCUUGUUUGCAUAGGGUUGUGUUGCAUUGUCAAUAAGUGCAUUAAAAAGAAUUUUCUUAAA